AAAAACUUCAGUGCUUCUUUCAUCCUCAAGUACUGAUUUCCAAACAAGAAAACGGCAACGCUGAUUGCGGAUGAGGUGCAGAAGCAGAGUACCAUUGAACGGAAAUGCUAUCAUCAAUCGAGUCGCUAUACCCCAAGGCCUUCGGUAACCGCCUGCCAAAGAACGACUCGGUCCUCAGGACGGCCAGGGUGGCAUGGUUCAAGGCGGCUGGUACCAACUUCCUCUACCUCCAAUUGCUUUUCCUCGGUCUCUUCUGCUACAUCCUGGGCUCCCUAUACCAGCAGACAAGCCAUACACAUAAUCUUCGGAUUGUCUUUGUUGACUACGAUGGGGGCGCAAUCGGUCAGGCUGUGCGGGGUGCGUACUCAUCUCUUCAAGGGAACAACUAUCCGUCCUUGAUUGAAAGACCACCUUCCGAUCUUCCAACCAAGAGCGACCUACUAGAAGCGGUUUGCAAGACAAGAUACUGGGCAGCUUUCUUUGUGACCAAAGGCGCUUCAAGCCGGCUCCAAGAGGCAUUGGAAGGGAAUGUGACAGCGUUGGGAUACAACAACACGGAUAUAAUGGGAUACGUAUGGAACGAGGCUGUAUAUGCACCCAUUGUCGACUCCGCUAUCUCCACAAACCUUCAGCUUCUAUCGGAAGUGGCCAGAGUGGCAUAUAGUACUGGGAACGGGACAGGCAAUAUUCAGUCUAUCUCCGGCCAGACUUCCCUGUCUAUCCUGGCUGAGCCAUGGAAGCUCCGAUCUAUCAAUAUUCAGCCAACGUCACAAGGAUCAAGAGCAAUCUAUAACACCGUGGUGAUCAUCUUGAUCAUGAUUGAAGAAUUCUGCUAUCUCGGUACGGUUAACGGUCUCUACGCUCAGUUCAAACUGUAUACCCGCGUCAACGCGCGCCGCAUUAUUGUGGUCCGGCUCAUCCUUUCACUUAUUUAUACGUUCAUUGGGUCACUUUGCGUUGCUGGUGCUAUCUGGGCUUUUAAAGCGGGCUGGAAUGUUAAUGGCAAUCAGUUUGUCUUGUCCUGGAUUACCAUAUGGCUGUUUGCUCAUGUUAACUUUCUCACCCUUGACGUCUUUACGAUAUGGCUACCACCUCCGUUCAUCCCUAUGGCCCUCGUCUCCUGGAUUAUCUUAAACGUCACCUCUUUAUUAUUGCCGUUUGAUCUAAACCCAGCCUUCUAUCGAGUUGGGUAUGUGUUCCCAGCUCACGAAGUUUAUCAAGUACUUACCCACAUCUGGUCGAGGGGAUGCAAUCCCCAGUUGCGCUAUGCCUUACCAAUCCUAUUUACAUGGGAGUUGAUUGCCUUCAUUUUGAGUGCUCUCGGAGUCUUCCGCAGAAGCCACUUUGCCAUGCUUGGAGAAGAGCAGCAGGAAAUGGAUUUUAAGGAACGCCUUGACGCCGCCGUCGCAUUUGAGAUGGCAAAGGUAAAGGAGGCAACAGAGAAGCAUCCAGAUCCCUCCAACAAAGAGACUGUAGGGGCACGGGAGGAGACGCAAUCUGAUAUGCAUGACACCCAAGGUGUAGGUGAAGAGGAAACAGUCCGAGAAGAACUGGCAGAGGUUCUAGAGCGGGUCAAAACAAGACAGCAACGUGAAAGGGAAAAGGGAAACUCGAGCAAUGCUUGCAGUUUUGGACCAUCAUUUGAAUUGCCAUUCAAAUAUGAGAGUGGAAAUGGAGGGACAAUGCAGGAGGCUCCUACACGGCUUUAGGGUGGCUCGGUGAUGAAGGCGCUAAAGCUUACCUUCUCUAUGCUCUACAUGCUGGCAUGAUCCUUUUCUUGUUAGUGUUUAUCCAGAAUUAGGGCUGAGAUUUACAUCACAAAGAAAUCACUCAGGCAUCCGCCAAGACCUUUAUUCGUUCAUCUCCAUUAGUGAUAACCAUUCGACUUGUGAGAUGAUGGGACGUGGCGUGUCGUGAGGCUCGCACCAAGUCCAGGGCAUCUGGCUCAAUACCGAGCGACUUAGACUGAAAAUCUUGGCGGCGUUCUGAGUUGUCAAUAUA